GCUGUUCUGUUCUUCUUCUUUUUCGUUCUUAUCAGGUGUUAUCACCGAAACAAGUGCACUUUACAAUUCGUGUGUAAAAGAUUCAAACGAUUUUCUGGACUUUUGAAGUGCUCUCGAGAAGCAACUAAGUUUGUUGGCCUACUCCAAAAUCCCUGUUCGAUCCCGCUUACGUAAUGCUAGCACAUUUGGGAAGGCGAAUUGGUUUCCGUUCGGCCAUUAAGGUGCGAUUAAUUCACUCGGAGCGAAAAGUACGGGUUAAUGGCUCUGAUUUGAACAUUGUGGAGAGCGGCAGUGGAGAACGGAGUUUGCUUCUGAUGCCCGGAGCGCUCGGUUCCGCCUGGACCGAUUUUAAGCCCCAGAUAGAGCAGUUGCCGAAAUUGCUGCCGGAACACACGAUCAUCGCUUGGGAUCCACCGGGUUACGGCAAAUCGGUGCCUCCUCAAAGAAAGUUCGGACUGGAAUUCUUCCAAGAGGAUGCCCAGGCAGCCGUGGAUUUAAUGCGGGCUCUGGACAGGCCACGCUUUUCGAUUCUUGGAUGGAGCGAUGGAGGAAUCACGGCCCUCAUAAUCGCAGGUCGCCAUUCGGAGGCUGUGGAGCGCCUCGCCAUCUGGGGAGCAGGAGCCUAUCUAAACGCCGAUGAAGUUAAGGCUCUCCAGAACAUCCGAGACGUGGCCAAAUGGUCAGCCCGCAUGCGAGAGCCUAUGGAGAAGGUGUAUGGCGUCGAGAGAUUUCCCCAACUGUGGGCCGAAUGGGUGGACGCCGCCUGCGCCUUUUAUGACCAACGAGACGGGGAUUUCUGUCGCUCCGAGGUAAAACAAAUCAAGGCGCCCACUUUUAUCUUGCAUGGGAAAAAGGAUCCCAUGAUAGCCGCAGAGCACGUUCCUUGGCUGAGGAAGCAGUUGCCAGAGGCAAAAUAUCACGAGUUUCCUGAAGGCAAGCACAACAUCCAUCUCCGCUACGCGGAGGAGUUCAACAAACUUGUGGCUGACUUUUUCAACCAAAAGGAGUAGUUCAACUAUAUAUUCAGUCUCACAUUGCCUUAAAAGUUUGAUUACACUUUAAAAAUCUGAUUUAUAAGCGUCUUUAAAAAGACCUUAGAGAUAUCAGAAAUGGAAAGUCAACUGUCCAAAAGUCCAACAUUGCAUAAAUAAUAAAUUCAUAUCUGGACUAAAGGAAAUUGUUUAUCUAUACUAUGAAUCAUGCCGAAUUUAAUUGAAGAAUACCCAUAUCACUUAAAAUAUAUGAAAGUGACAACUGAAGCAGAAAAUAGAUCGGCUUCAAGGUAAAAAAAUAUUGUAUGUGUUUUAUAAAAUACUAAGUAUGACUAAGAAAAGUAAACCAGACCAGAACUUUUUAAUAAACAUUUCUACGAAAAUAAAUUGAACUGUUGGAAACCCUUGUAGCUCCGCCCACUUUCA